ACUCCAGGAGCCAAUCAGCGUCGCCGCGGACUCUGGUUAUAAAGUCCACGCAGCCCGCAGGACUCAGACACCCGGGAUCCCAGAUGGGGGCGAUGGCUCCGCGCACGCUGCUCCUGCUGCUGGCGGCCGCCCUGGCCCCGACUCAGACCCGCGCGGGCCCACACUCGCUGAGGUAUUUCGAGACCGCCGUGUCCCGGCCCGGCCUCGGGGAGCCCCGGUUCAUCUCUGUCGGCUACGUGGACGACACGCAGUUCGUGCGCUUCGACAGCGACGCGGAGAAUCCGAGAGAUGAGCCGCGGGCGCCGUGGAUGGAGCAGGAGGGGCCGGAGUAUUGGGAGGAGAACACACAGAGAGCCAAGGGCAAUGAGCAGUGGUUCCGAGUGAGCCUGAGGAACCUGCUCCGCUACUACAACCAGAGCGCGGGCGGCUCUCACACGUUCCAGCUGAUGUACGGCUGUGAGGUGGGGUCGGACGGGCGCCUCCUCCGCGGGUACCAGCAGUUCGCAUACGACGGCCGCGAUUACAUUGCCCUGAACGAAGACCUGAAAACGUGGACGGCGGCGGACAUGGCGGCGCAGAUCACCCAACGCAAGUUGGAGCAGGCUGGUGAAGCAGAGAGAUACAGGGCCUACCUGGAGGGCGAGUGCAUGGAGUGGCUCCGCAGAUACCUGGAGCGCGGGAAUGCGACGCUGCUGCGCACAGAUCCCCCAAAGGCACAUGUGACCCAUCACCCCAGAUCUGAAAGUGAUGUCACCCUGAGGUGCUGGGCCCUGGGCUUCUACCCUGCUGACAUCACCCUGACCUGGCAGUUGAAUGGGGAGGAGNUGACCCAGGACAUGGAGCUUGUGGAGACCAGGCCUGCAGGGGAUGGAACCUUCCAGAAGUGGGCAUCUGUGGUGGUGCCUUCUGGGAAGGAGCAGAAUUACUCAUGCCAUGUGNANCAUGAGGGGUUGUCUCAGCCCCUCUCCCUGACAUGGGAGCCUCCUCCAUCCACCGAUGCCAACAUGGUAAUCAUUGCUGUUCUGGUUGUCCUUGGAGCUCUGGCCAUCUUUGGAGCUNUGGUGGCUUUUGUGAUGAUGAUGAGGAGGAGAAACACAGGUGGAAAAGGAGGGGACUAUGCUCCAGCUCCAGGCUCCCAGAGCUCUGAUAUGUCUCUCCCAGAUUGUAAAGCAUGAAGACAGCUGCCUGGAGUGGACUGAGUGACAGAUGGUGUGUUCAGGUCUCUCCUGUGACAUCCAGAGCCCUCAGUUUUCUUUACACAACAUUGUCAGUUGUGAGCUUUUGAAUUCAGUGUGAAGAAUUCUGGAGCCCAGCCUGCCCUUCACACCAUGACCCUGUCCCUGCACUGACCUGUGUUCCCUUCCACUGCCAACCUUGCUGCUCCAGCCAA